AUGCCAAAAACGUAUAUGUCAGACGCUGUUGACCUAGGCGUAUUUCCGGUGCCAUAUACGGGACAACUCCAGGCAUACGACGAUUUUCAAAACGGCACUUCGAACGUACUUGCCGACUAUACCAUAUACGAUGCUUUAAUAAAUGCAUCAGAAGCAUGGGCUGAUGUAUCAUCGCAAACAAUACGUAACUGCUGGCAAAAGACUGGUAUUGUUUCGAAGAGACAGUUAUUGAACACUACGAUACAAUUCUCAAAAGGUACAAAUAAUUGGUCAAUCCUUACUGAUGAAGAUGUAAUUGAAUUAGUAAAUCGGAAGGAAAUGAGUAGCGAAAGUGAAGCUGAAACGGAAACAAUAAGUAAUAGGACAGCCUGUACAUUAAUCGACACAGUUUUAAAAUACUUGUAUCAACAAGGACCAGAAUUUGGCGAGGUUGUCGAAGAAGUAAAGAUUUUGAGAGCAUUACGCAGAUGGGUGGAGCUAGCCAUUCAGAAAAAUCUUAAACAAGUUAGUCUUCACCAUUUUGAGGAUAAAAUGAUCGAACAGUAG